AAAAUGUUUUUCCUAAGGAUUUCCAGGAGCGCGGUUGCAUCCUGCAUAAGCAAUCGCUUCCUUUCCACAGCCAACAUCAGCUGCACGGCCAUCAAAACGGUUCAGGAAAAGGUUCAUCCCUACGCGAAAAUUCGCAUCGAUUGUGCAUACCAUUUGAAAAUUGUACCGUACGAUUUGCUAGACUGUCCCGAUUCCAACAUUCUCAAGGCAACGGUAAAGCAGGGCAACAGCAGCGGUGACAGCCUGGCGGUACAAAUAUCCGACAAAACGGUCACCAUUACCAGCGAUCCGAAUGCCGGCGGAACGGAAUGUGUGCUGGAAGUUCCGAUCAAGGCAGACCUGCAGAUCCGUAACAAUGGCACCACCUCGAUCGCAAACCUUUAUAGUGAUGAGAUCGAAAUUGUGGCUACCGGGGACAUCGAAACCCAAAGUCUUCGUUCUACGAACGUUACACUAACCAGCACGGCCGGCAACAUUGUCUGCCGUGGUAUCACGCUGGCGGAAACUGUGUCCGCCACGACCACGGGCAAGGGGAACAUUUUUCUGGACAAAUUGCAGGGUGGAUCAGUUUGCGCGACUACCGAGGCGGGAAACAUUUUGGUUAAUGCGAGCUACUCAAAUCAAAGCUCUUUUCGGACGAGAAAUGGUAAUUUGGAGCUGAAAAGCAUCCACAAAGACUGUACCGUUCGAUCGUCCGGUGGGAAGCAGUUUGUAAUGAAUGGGUUCUACGGUACCCUGGAUGCGGAUGUGGCAAGCGAACACGUUACCCUUCAGCUGUCCGAGAUGGUUGGUAAAAGCAUGAUCAAAGCAGAUUCAUCGCAAGUUUUGAACCUGAAUCUCGCCGAAACGGUUUACGAAACAUCCGCCAUCACCGUAAACUCUUCAAACUUAACGCUCGAUAGUACCGUAGUCGAUAUGGCGCAUCAAAGAAACGGAAGCAGUACUACACUUGGCAAGGCUGAGGCUGAAAAUACGCUGGACGUUAAAACGAACGGUGCCGUGGUGCUGCGAAAAAUGUCCUGGGCGGACAGUUUUUCCUUCAGCGAUAUGAGCCAGGCAAAGCAACAGUAA